AUGGAAGACGCACAGCGACAAUCUCAAAUAGUUCAUGCACCUUCCCGUCCAGCCAUCGUGGGCAAGGUAUCUAUCUUUCUCGCGGGCACCACCACUAAGACCUCGGGAUCAGACUGGCGCGAGGCCUUGACGGAAGUCCUCGGCCACCUUCCCAUCACCAUCUUCAACCCGCUCCGUCCGGACUGGGACAGCACAUGGCUCGAGGAUGUAACAUUCGCCCCGUUCCGCAAGCAGGUUGAGUGGGAACUGGACAUGCAAGAGCAGGCGGACGUCGUCAUCGUGUACUUUGGGCCAGGGACAGAUGCGCCCAUCAGUUUGCUGGAAUUCGGGCUCUGUGCGCGUGCGCGCAAGGCACUUGUUGUGUGCAAUGGAGAGUACAGGAGAAGAGGCAACGUGCAAAUUGUGUGUCAGCGGCUUGCGAUCGAGUAUCUGGAUGCUGAGGAUGACUGGACGGCGGCUGUCAUUCGCAGGGUCGAGGGUCUGCUGGGACAGAUGGCCCAGAGUGGGUAUUGA